CCAACAAACCAGCAGGGCAUUUCUAAGCCAGGAACAUCCUCAUGAUGGACCUCGUUCUUCUCUGUGUGUUUCUGCCUCUGGUGACUGUGGCAUGGGGCCAGUAUGGUGACUAUUACUAUGGUCCCUAUAACUAUGGAGAUAACGAUGAAUGGGUCAAUGUGUACCGGCAGGGUUUCAAUUUCCAGUGCCCACAUGGGCAGGUGAUUGUGGCCAUCAGGAGUGUUUUCAACAAGAAGGAAGGAUCCGACAGACUGUGGAACUACGCUUGCAUGCCAGCAGCCCAGAGCCUCGGUGAACCGACAGAGUGCUGGUGGGAAGAGAUCAACAGGGCAGGAACUGAAUGGUACCAAACCUGUUCAAACAAUGGGCUCGUGGCUGGUUUCCAGAGUCAGUAUUUUCCAUCUGUGCUUGACCGUGAAUGGCAAUUUUACUGCUGCCGUUAUAGCCGGAGAUGCCCAUAUUCAUGCUGGCUAACAACUGAAUAUCCAGGACACUAUGGAGAAGAUAUGGACAUGAUGAUGUACACUUAUGACUACUACAUCCGUGGGGCAACCACAACUUUUUCUGCUGUAGACAGGGAUCGUCAGUGGAAAUUCAUUGUCUGCAGGAUGACAGAGUAUGACUGCCCAUUUCAAAAUGUUUAAAAGAUUGAGUGUACCUCACUUGGAAAGCUUGGGGACAGACAGGGUGGGAUGAGGUUCAGUGAUUACAGAACAGCAAUUAGGCUCACAAUAAAAUACCAAGACUCAUCAGCUGUCUGCUGAAGAUACAAUUUUUUCCCUAAUGAAUAAAUUACCAGCCCACACAUUUGCAACAGUGAUUUUGGAGGAUGCCUUCUAGCUGCACUGGCAGUUGUAUCCUCUAAUUAAAAUUGCUUAUGGCAUACAGGUUUAUGAUACUCAAGUCAAUGGCAUAUGCACUAUUACCUUUUUUAUAUAAACAUAUAGCCAUUCUGAACACAUGCAACUUUCUUUCACAUAGCAACUUUGUAUAAAUUGCCUCCUAGCACAAUCACUCCAAAUGAGGUGGAAACACACUAUAAGCUUUCCAACAUGAGCUAGACUUUUCUGCCUUCUACUUUGUACUUGGAACCAAUACAGUGAUUCCUACCAGCUUCUCAGCACCAGUAGCUGAGAGUGUGCUGAAAGCGGCAUCAGGAGGUCUCUGACAUUACAUCUGGCGUCUGGCAUUAUAUGUACAGCCCUCAGCGUAAUUCCACUCCAACAAAGGUCUGCUGCACAGGGGAACUCCAAGUAUUUAUGACACUAGAAGCGUCAAUACCUGAUUAAAUGAGCAUAGAUCCAUCAAUAAAAACAGAAGCUUAACCA